CGCGGCCCCGCCCCAGGUGCGCCCUCCCCGAGGCCGCGGGGCGGGCGCUGCGGAGCUCUGGGCGGCCCUCGGUGGCGGCGCGAUGUGCUCGGCCUGGGAGCCGAGAGGCGGCGGGGCGCUCCACGACCACUGGGACGCGCCGGCGGAGCGGGCAGCAGCGGGGGCCGAGCGGAGCCCGGGGGCGAGCCCGAGGCGGCGGCCACCGGAGCAGCGCGAGCAGGAUGUUGAAGAAUCACAUAACCACGCUGGCGAUCACAUUGCAGAUGACUACAAGAAGAUGGGAACCCUCUUCGGGGAACUGAACAAGAGCCUCCUCAACAUGGGCUUCACAAGGAUGUACUUUGGAGAACAUGCUGUGGAACCAGUGAUAGUCAUUUUCUUCUGGGUUCUGCUGUGGUUCCUUGGCCUCCAAGCCCUUGGACUAGUUGCUGUUCUUUGCCUUGUCAUUGUUUAUAUGCAGCAGUAAAAUAUGGCCAAUUGGGCUGGUAUUCAACAUUUGGCAGCCAUGUAUGUAAUUGGUGAAGUUACGUAUUUUACUACAUGAAAGCCAAAAAGGUUGCCUUGUUUCAAAUCGUGUGCUAUUUUGUAAUUAAACUUAUAACUGGAUGUUGUUUAAAAUUAAACUCAACUCUUGGUUAUAACAUGGUUGAAUA